AUGGCAGAGAAUAGGGAAGAGGAUGUUAGGCUUGGAGCCAAUAAGUUCGCUGAGAAGCAGCCUUUGGGUACUGCUGCUCAAACAGACAAGGACUACAAGGAGCCACCUCCAGCCCCAUUGUUUGAGCCUGGGGAGCUUAAAUCAUGGUCUUUUUACAGGGCUGGUAUUGCAGAGUUUGUGGCUACCUUCUUGUUCUUAUACAUAACUAUCUUGACUGUCAUGGGGGUUGGUAGAUCAAAAAAUAAGUGUGCCUCUGUUGGCAUCCAGGGGAUUGCUUGGUCCUUUGGUGGCAUGAUUUUUGCACUUGUAUACUGCACUGCUGGGAUUUCAGGAGGGCACAUCAACCCUGCUGUGACCUUUGGUUUGUUCUUGGCAAGGAAGCUUUCCUUGACCAGAGCCAUCUUCUACAUAGUGAUGCAGUGCCUUGGUGCAAUCUGUGGUGCUGGUGUUGUCAAGGGAUUCAUGGAGGGUCCAUACCAGAGGCUGCAAGGUGGGGCCAACUUUAUGCAGCAUGGCUACACCAAGGGUGAUGGCCUUGGUGCUGAGAUUGUUGGCACUUUUAUUCUUGUUUACACUGUCUUCUCUGCCACUGAUGCCAAGAGAAACGCCAGAGACUCGCAUGUUCCGCUUUUGGCUCCUCUCCCCAUUGGGUUUGCAGUAUUUUUGGUUCAUUUGGCCACCAUCCCCAUCACUGGAACUGGCAUCAACCCUGCCAGGAGUCUUGGAGCUGCCAUCAUUUACAAUAGAGAUCACGCAUGGGACGAUCAUUGGAUCUUCUGGGUCGGACCCUUCAUUGGAGCUGCUCUUGCUGCAAUUUACCACCAGAUUGUGAUCAGAGCCAUUCCUUUCAAGAGCAGCCAGGCCUGUUAA